CAAAGCCCAUUGACGAAAAAGAGAGACAAUAUUGAAAGAGAGAGAAAACGAGAAAUGGCAAGAACCCACUUACUCUUUCUUCUAUUUGUGCUCUUAUCAUUAGCAACAUCAUCAACAUCAACAAAAGAGCAAGAGGAGGACAGGAUCAAAGCACUACCAGGGCAACCAAAAGUAGGAUUCUCACAAUUUUCGGGUUACGUGACAGUGAACGAGUCACAUGGCCGAUCACUCUUCUACUGGCUCACCGAGUCAUCUUCUCAUUCUCCUCACACCAAACCACUUCUUCUUUGGCUCAAUGGAGGACCAGGCUGCUCGUCGAUUGCUUAUGGAGCUUCGGAGGAAAUUGGACCAUUUCGGAUCAGCAAAACCGGUUGCAAUCUUUAUCUCAACAACUUUUCUUGGAACACAGAGGCAAACCUUUUAUUUCUUGAAUCGCCUGUUGGUGUUGGAUUUUCAUAUACUAACACAAGCUCGGAUUUUGAAGAAUCCGGAGACGAACGUACAGCUCAGGAAAAUUUGAUAUUUCUUAUAAGUUGGAUGUCAAGAUUUCCUCAGUACCGGUAUAGAGAUUUCUACAUUGUUGGUGAAAGCUACGCCGGUCAUUAUGUUCCUCAGCUCGCCCAAAAAAUUCAUGAGUACAACAACGCCUACAAAAAUCCAGUAAUCAAUCUUAAAGGUUUCAUGGUUGGUAACCCAGAGAUGGACAAAAACAACGACAGACUAGGGACGAUAACGUAUUGGUGGUCUCACGCGAUGAUCUCGGACGCUUCCUACAAUCGCAUCCUCAAAAACUGUGAUUUUACAGCGGAUAGAUUCUCCAAAGAAUGCGAUUCCGCCAUUUAUGUCGCUGCUGCCGACUUUGGCGACAUCGAUCAGUACAGCAUCUACACACCCAAGUGUGUACCACCACAAGACCAAACGAACCAGACCAAGUUUGAGCAGAUGAUGCAAAUGCACACAACUAAAAGGUUUUUAGAAGAUCAGUAUGACCCUUGUACCGAAAACUAUGCCGAGAUAUAUUAUAACCGUCCUGAGGUACAACGAGCUAUGCAUGCUAACCACACUGCCAUUCCAUAUAAGUGGACUGCUUGCAGUGACUCUGUCUUUAAUAACUGGAAUUGGAGAGAUUCCGACAAUUCAAUGUUACCGAUAUAUAAGGAACUCAUUGCUGCUGGUCUAAGAAUCUGGGUCUACAGUGGUGAUACAGAUUCGGUAAUUCCAGUGACAGCGACUCGAUAUUCCCUUGGCAAACUGAAUCUUCGAGUGAAAACUCGCUGGUACCCUUGGUACUCCGGAAACCAGGUAGGAGGACGAACAGAAGUAUACGAGGGGCUUACCUUUGUGACGGUAAGAGGGGCGGGGCACGAGGUGCCAUUCUUCCAACCGCAAAGUGCGCUUAUUCUUUUAAGAUCAUUCUUGGCUGGAAAUGAGCUUUCAAGAUCUUAUUAG